AGCACACAUUGAUCAAGUGCAUGCAAUCACCACAGUUUAGUAAUCUUUAGAAAAUGAUGAUAUUCUUAACUCAAAUUUAGUUUUGUUUCCUUUAAUCUUGCACUAUAUAUAUAUGGCAUAAACUUCAGUUGAUGCUAGAUCACUUGACUUUAUAUAUAUCCAAGAAAAUUUAGGUCACUUUCACAUAUGUAGCUAUCAUCUUCACCUUUCUCUUCUUCUAUGACAACUACAUGUGGCUCAUGCACAGAACUCUAGAAUUCCUACAGCUUUUUAUUGUUAAAUUUCCUUUGCUUAACAAGAUUGGUUUUCUCUAGUAAGUAGUAGACUACUGUUUUCUUCCUUGGGGUGUAAAGUUCUAAGCUUUUGAACCACUCCCUUUUAUUUUCUUUUGUUUCUCACUGUUUUCAUUUCAUAAUAUGCUUUCUUGCCUCCUUUGUUUUGGUAUCUUUUCAGCUUCUCCUACAAAUGAUCUUUUCCAAUUCAAAAUUUGAACUCCUCUUUUGCAACCCUUUUUCUUUUCCUUCUCAAGCAAGAGCCCUUCACAGUAUGAAUUCUUGAAUUCCAAAUCUCCUGAGGCUCUCUUGAGUUCUUGAACAUGGGAUUUGUAGAAACAGAUAAAAUUAUCUUCUUUUCUUAUUAUUGGUAAGUUUUCAGCCUCUUGAAUUCCAAUUCUUGGAGGCCCUUUUGGAUUCUUGAGCUAGUAAAAAGUUUUAAAACAGAGGAUCAUGGUGUUUUUGGAAUGAAAUAUUGGUUUUGGAUUUUAAGUUUCUCUUUUCUUGUUUUCAGCAAGUUCUUGAUUCUUGACUAAGAGUGAAAAAGAGUGAAGGAUCAUGGGAAUUAUUGGUAUGAAAGAUGGUAUUUGGAUUUCGAUGAUUUUGGGGUUUAUGGUAUUAGGAAAAGUGUAUGGAAUUGGAGCAAACUGGGGAACACAAGCAACACAUCCUUUGCCACCAAACAUAGUAGUGAAGCUGCUCAAGGACAAUGGAAUUCAGAAAGUGAAGCUGUUUGAUGCAGAUUCAGAUAUCUUUAAAGCACUCAGUGGCUCUGGAAUUGAAGUCAUGGUUGGAAUCCCAAAUGAAAUGCUUUAUAGUUUAGCUAACAGUUUGGGUGCUGCUGAGAAAUGGGUUGAGAAGAAUAUCUCUUCAUUUGUCUCUUCCAACAGUGUUGAUAUCAAAUAUGUUGCAGUUGGAAAUGAACCAUUUCUAUCUCAGUUUAAUGGAACAUUUCUGCCAACAACAUUCCCAGCUCUUCAAAACAUCCAGGCAGCCCUCAUAAAAGCCGGUCUUGGCAAUCGGGUGAAAGUCACUAUUCCUCUCAAUGCCGAUGUAUACGAGAGUUCAAGUGAAAAACCUUCAACAGGUGACUUCAGGCAAGACAUUCGUGAUCUCAUGGUGAACAUUGUCAAGUUCUUGAAUGACAAUGGUGGUGCAUUUACUGUCAAUAUCUAUCCUUUUAUAAGUCUCUACAAUGACCCCAACUUUCCUGCUGAUUAUGCUUUCUUCGACGGAUAUUCAAACGCCAUCGAUGACAAUGGGAAAAUUUACAACAACGUGUUCGAUGCAAACCAUGAUACCCUGCUUUGGGCGUUGCAGAAAAAUGGAUACCCAAAUAUGUCAAUCAUAAUAGGGGAAGUCGGAUGGCCAACAGAUGGAGACAAUAAUGCAAACUUAAAGGCUGCCCAGAGAUUCAACCAAGGAUUCAUGACUCACAUUUCGGGUGGAAAGGGGACACCAAUGAGACCUGGCCCUAUAGAUGCUUAUCUGUUCAGCCUGAUCGACGAGGACGCGAAAAGCAUCCAGCCUGGUAGCUUUGAACGCCAUUGGGGAAUAUUUUACUUCGAUGGUACGCCUAAAUACAAUCUUUCCCUGGGUGCAAACAGUGGAGGUUUAGUACCAGCAAGCGGUGUUCAUUACCUGGCUCGCCAGUGGUGCGUGCUGUCGCCCUCGGCCAGUCUUGAUGAUCCACAGCUAGCUGAUAGUGUGGGCUAUGCAUGUUCACAUGCUGAUUGCACCAGCCUCGGACAUGGAACAUCAUGCGCGGAUCUGGAUACUCGUGGUAACAUUUCAUAUGCAUUCAACAGUUACUAUCAGGAAAACGACCAGCUACCUACUGCCUGCAAGUUUCCGAACCUUUCCAUGGUCACAAACACAGAUCCAUCACCACCGGGUGGAACCUGUAAAUUCAAAAUAAUGAUCCAAGCGAGUAGUCCUAAAAGCCUUAAGAGUAAUGCAUUUACUUCUAAGCCUGUCAAUGUGAUGCUUCUGGUUAUAGUUUCUUUGUUGAGUGUUUUGUAGAACUUCUUGAGUUAUUUAUAUAUUCCUGUCAUUUUUGUGUUGAAA